UAGGACUAAGGUGCCUGUAGGUGGCACAGGCCUGACAGGCCUUCUCCAUUCUGCCCCCCAGUGGUUAUCCCCACUCCCAUGCUCCUCACACUAGCUUUUUCCCUGGUGAAAUUCACCAUGAAAACUUCAUUCCUUUGGGUGAGGGCAUGACCCCUAAUAAACUGUAUAUACCCCUGGACACAGUAGUACAUUAUUCAUUUAGUGUAAAAUUAGCCAGCAGAUGCCUCUGGUUAGGUCUAGAACCAGGAACAGGUUUUAGAAUGGGAAGGGGAGAGAGAAAGGCUCAGGGUGCAGUGCUAGGAAUGUUUGCUAAUUGAUUGAUCUGCCUGUACUGCUGUCACUGGAAGAUUAGAAGCCCUUAGCUGACGCCCAUUCGCAGGAACUGACCUUUGGAGCGAUGACUGUGGUCCCAGCCCAUACUGUCUCUUAGCCUCCGGGCAGUCCGUGUAAAGUUCGCAAGUUCAGUCUUACGGCUAUGCGUUCCCCAAGAGGAGAAGAAUGAAGAACUGGGCAUUCGCUACCAGGGGACUGAAGGCAAAAGCACAGGACAGUUUUACGAAAAGGAAACAAGUAUUUUCGAAGGCUUAUUCCACUAGAAGCAAGAUGGCUGAACUCAAUACUCAUGUGAAUGUCAAGGAAAAGAUCUAUGCGGUUCGAUCAGUUGUUCCCAACAAAAGCAAUAAUGAAAUAGUUCUGGUGCUACAACAGUUUGAUUUUAAUGUAGAUAAAGCAGUGCAGGCCUUCGUGGAUGGCAGUGCAAUUCAAGUUCUAAAAGAAUGGAAUAUGACAGGAAAAAAGAAGAACAAUAAGAGAAAAAGAAGCAAGUCCAAGCAGCAUCAAGGCAACAAAGAUGCUAAAGACAAGGCAGAGAGGCCCGAAGCAGGGCCUGUGCAGCCACCGCCGCCAGAGAUACAGAAUGGCCAUGUCAACGGCUGUGAGAAGGACAGCUCAUCCACUGAUUCUGCCAGUGAAAAACCAGCCCUUGCCCCCCGUGAGAAAAAGAUCUCAAUACUCGAGGAACCUUCAAAGGCACUCCGUGGGGUCACAGAAGGCAACAGACCACUGCAACAGAAACUAUCCUUAGAUGGGAACCCCAAACCUAUACAUGGAACACCAGAGGGGUCAGAUGGCCUACACUGGUCAGCUGAGCAGCCUUGUAACCCAAGCAAGCCUAAGGCAAAAACUUCUCCUGUUAAGUCCAAUGCCCCUGCAGCUCAUCUUGAAAUAAAGCCAGAUGAGUUGGCAAAGAAAAGAGGCCCAAAUAUUGAGAAAUCGGUGAAGGAUUUGCAACGCUGCACCGUGUCUCUAACUAGAUAUCGCGUCAUGAUCAAGGAGGAAGUGGAUAGUUCAGUGAAGAAGAUCAAAGCUGCCUUUGCUGAAUUACACAACUGCAUCAUUGACAAAGAAGUUUCAUUAAUGGCAGAAAUGGAUAAAGUUAAAGAAGAAGCCAUGGAAAUCCUGACUGCUCGUCAAAAGAAAGCAGAAGAACUAAAGAGACUUACUGAUCUAGCCAGUCAGAUGGCAGAGAUGCAGCUGGCCGAACUCAGGGCAGAAAUUAAGCACUUUGUCAGCGAGCGUAAAUAUGAUGAAGAGCUUGGGAAAGCUGCCCGGUUCUCCUGUGACAUUGAACAGCUAAAGGCCCAAAUCAUGCUCUGUGGAGAAAUUACACAUCCAAAGAACAACUAUUCCUCAAGAACUCCCUGCAGCUCCCUGCUGCCACUGCUCAACGCUCACGCGACCACCUCUGGGAAACAGAGUAACUUCACCAGAAAAUCAUCCAAUCACAACAAGCCCUCCGAGGGUAAAGCAGCAAACCCCAAACUGGCGAGCAACCUUCCCAGUACCGCUGACAGCUCUCACCAGGCUGUGCCAGCUAAUAAGCAGAAUGGGUCUUCUAGCCAAAGACGAAGAUUUAAUCCGCAGUAUCACAACAACAGGCUAAAUGGGUCUGCGAAGCCCCAGGGCAGUGGUAACGAAGCUGAUCCGAUGGGGAAGGGCAACAACCGCCAUGAACACAGAAGACAACCACACAACGGCUUCCGUCCCAAAAACAAAGGCGGCACCAAAAACCAAGAGGCCUCUUUGGGAACCAAGACCCCCGAGGCCGCAGCCCAUCCGGAAAAGCCCCGACGAAGGCAGCACGCUGCAGACAACUCAGAGGCCAGGCCUUUCCGGGGAAACGUCUCCAGGGUUUCACAGUGCAAUCUCUGCCCCACGAGAAUAGAAGUUUCCACAGAUGCCGCGGUUCUCUCCGUCCCAGCUGUGACGUUGGUGGCCUGAGCUAGGAGAGAGAAAAAAAAAAAAAGCCGUUUUCAUUCAGUUUCUGUUCCCUGCCCGAGGUGCUGACCCAAUUCGCUGCCAAAAGAGAGUCAAUCCGAAUAUACAAACCCUGUACGGCUGUGUCAUCCUCUCUUAAUCAUUUUUUCUAAUUCUAAUAAUCAGCUCUAGCUUGCUUCAUAACUUUCAUGGCUUUGCUUGAUAUGUUGGCGCUUUUUCUCAUCAAGACUUUGCAGCAUUUUAGCCAGGCAGUAUUUACUCAUUUGUUAGGAAAAUCAAGUUGUGGCUAAAGAUCAGAGGCUCAGUAGCAACCUAUGUUGUAGCAGUGAUGUCAGUCCAUUGAUCGUCUUUAGAGAGUUAAUGUUGAAAAAAAAAUUCUUAUUGAUCAGACAAACUUGAUCUGCUGAAGACACGUGCGCUUUUCUAGAGUUUAACAUCUGGUGUUUUUCUGAAAAAAAAAUAUAUACAUAUAUUGCUUUAUUUGAAACAAAUUAAAAUAUGCUGCAUUUGA